AUGAAUUUAAUUAAAAAAUUAGAAAAAAGAAAAAGUGAAGUGAAUAGCUGUUUGUGUAUUGGCUUAGAUCCUGAUGAAGAUGAUAUCAAAAAUUUUAUGAAAAAUGAAAAAGAAAAUGGAUAUAAAAAUAUCAAGAAUAACUUGAAUGAAGAUAUAAUGAAAAUUGUUAACAUAGGAAAGGAAAUUUUAUGGGAUUCAAUUAAUAAUUUAAAAGAAAAGGAUGAAUUCUUUUACUUUUUUAAUCAUUUUUGUUUUUAUAUAAUCAAUGUUACCAAAAAAUACGCUUUAGCAUAUAAAAUGAAUUUUGCUUUUUACAUUCCAUAUGGUUCAAUAGGUAUAGAUGUUUUAAAAAAUGUUUUCGAUUAUUUAUAUUAUAUUAAUAUACCGACCAUUCUUGAUAUGAAAAUAAAUGAUAUUGGUAACACAGUUAAAAAUUAUAGAAAAUUCAUAUUUGAGUAUUUGAGGAGUGACUCAUGUACAAUUAAUAUAUAUAUGGGAUCUAAUAUGUUAAAAGAUGUAUGUUUCGAUGAAGUAAAAAAACAACAUUAUAGUGUUUUUGUUCUUAUUAAAACAACAAACCCAGAUUCCUUUAUUUUUCAAAAUAAGCUUUCUUUAGAUAAUAAGCAAUCAUAUAUGGUAAUGGCAGAAGAAGCAUAUAAAAUUUCAAGAGAAUUAAAAAUGGAAGAGAAUAAUGAAUUUAUUGGUUUUGUUGUUGGAUCAAAUAGUUUUGAAGAAAUGAAUGUGAUCAGAAAACAAUUUCCUGAUUGCUAUAUUCUAUCACCGGGAAUAGGUGCGCAAAAUGGUGAUUUAUAUAAAACAUUAACCAAUGGUUAUAAUAAAAAUUAUGAAAAAAUUUUGAUAAAUAUUGGAAGGGCUAUAACUAAAAAUUCUAAUCCUGAGGAAGCUUGUAAGAUAUACUAUAAUGAAAUUAGUCAAAUUUUAAAAGAAUUAGAAAAAUAA